CCUCCUCCACAUCCCUCUCGCGCGCACCAGUAGCAGCAGAAGCGGCAGCAUCAAGCGGUGCUUUUCUGAUGCACCAUGCGAACAUGAGCAUCCUUCUUGAAGGCUGACUCCCUCAAUAAUCCACCCCUUCCUUCCUUCCUUCCUCCUCUUCCCGUCCAUUUGUGGCUUUUUAAUUUUUUUCCUCCUUUUGGACCGCAAGGAUUGUGCACGCUUGGCUGGGAAUUUACUUGGAAGCUGAGAGUCAUCCACCUCUCCCCCCCCCCCCUUCCUUGUUGUGCUUCUUUUUUAGCGAGGGGAGUGUAUGUGCUGUCACUAAUUCCUCCGCACUCCCUGCGCCUUUUUCUUGGGAAUUAUUCUGCAGUGCUUUUUCUUCUCUCCCCACUGCGGGGGCUGCUGCGUUUUUUUUUUUUUUUUUUGGUGCCCUCUCCUCGUCACUGGGGGCGGGAGGGGGGAGGCGGGGGGCGACUGAAGCAUCCCGGAGUAGCAGCGCCAGGAUCGGAAGUGGCGAUGCCCACCCUGUGACUUUGGGGAUUACCCCCUAACCCGCCCCUCACCUGAGUAUGGCCUCCGCCCGGAGGGAGCGCGGCGGCCGCACGGCGCUCCUCCUCCUGGCGGCGGCGGCAUGCUGCCUGCUGGCAGGCACUGCGUUGGCCAAGGUGUGCAACGACCGCACCAAACGCGGCCAGGACAACAGCUGGUUCGCCCGCAACGGUGAGAAUUUGCCCAUCAUGGUGCUCAUGCCCAUGAACGAGUCGGCGCUGAUGAGCAGCAUCAGCCAGGGCAUCGAGCCCGCCAUGCAGCUCGCCAUCCAGCACAUGCGGGAGUCCCGGGAGUACAACUUCUCCCUCAUCACUGAAAUCUAUGAUACAGAGUGUGACAACGCCAAAGGCCUUCGAGCCUUCUUUGACGCCAUCUGUUACGGACCCAAACAGCUGAUGAUCUUUGGCGGCGUCUGCCCCUCCGUCACCUCCAUCAUUGCAGAGUCCUUGGAGGGAUGGAACCUGGUGCAGCUGUCCUUUGCGGCGACCACCCCGGUGCUGGCGGACAAGAAAAAAUACCCCAACUUCUUCCGCACAGUGCCCUCGGACAAUGCAGUCAACCCGGCCGUGGUCAAGUUCCUCAACUACUACAACUGGAGCCGCGUGGGGACACUCACGCAGGACGUGCAGAGGUUCUCUGAGGUGAGGAACGAUCUCACCAGUGAACUGGAGAAGGCCGACAUCCAGAUCGCCGACACCGAGAGUUUCUCCAACGACCCCUGCGUCAACGUCAAGAAACUCAAGGACAACGACGUGAGGAUCAUCAUCGGACAGUUUGAUGAGAACCUGGCCUCCAAAGUCUUCUGCUGCGCGUACAACCUGAACAUGUUUGGCAGCAAAUAUCAGUGGAUCAUUCCUGGCUGGUACCAGGGCAACUGGUGGGAGCAGGCCAACAGCACCAACUGUACCACCAAGAAGCUGCUGGCCGCCAUGGAGGGCUACAUCAGCGUGGACUUUGAGCCCCUCAGCGCUCGGCGGAUGAAGGGCAUCUCCGGAAGGACCCCGCAGGAGUACGAGCUGGAGUACAGCCGCGAGUUACAUCAGAAGGGUGUGGAGCCCAGCAAGUUCCACGGCUUCGCCUACGACGGCAUCUGGGUCAUCGCCAAGACCCUGACCCGGGUCAUGCACCUGCUGCGCGAAAAGCAGCGGCAGAGCAGACACCCCAAUUUCACCGUAGACAACCACGAGGUGGGCAAGAUGAUGCUGGACGUCAUGAACGAGACCAACUUCUUUGGAGUCACGGGCCAAGUGAUGUUCCGAAAUGGUGAGCGGAUGGGCACUAUUAAAUUCAACCAGUUUCAAGAGGGCCACGAAGUGAAGGUGGGAGAAUACAAUGCCAUUGCAGACGUGUUGAACCUCAUCAAUAACUCCAUCCGCUUCCAAGGUGUGGAGCCGCCCAAAGAUCAGACAUUUGUGCAUUCGCAGCGACGGCACAUCAACGUUCCGCUUUACAGCAUCCUGUCCACCAUCACCAUCCUGGGCAUGCUCAUGGCAGGAGCUUUCCUCUUUUUCAACAUCAAGAAUAGAAACCACAGAUUGAUCAAGAUGUCCAGUCCCUACAUGAACAAUCUGAUCAUCUUGGGCGGCAUGCUUUCCUACGCCUCCAUCUUCCUCUUCGGACUGGACGGCGGCUUUGUGUCCGACAAGGAGUUUCAGACACUCUGCACGGUUCGAACGUGGAUCCUCAUCGUCGGCUACACGACGGCGUUUGGCGCCAUGUUUGCCAAGACGUGGAGGGUGCAUGCAAUCUUCAAGAAUGUGAAGAUGAAGAAGAAGAUCAUAAAGGACCAGAAAUUAUUGAUCAUCGUUGGCGGUAUGCUGCUGAUCGACUUGUGCAUCCUGAUUUGCUGGCAGAUUGUGGACCCGCUGAAGCGGACCGUGGAAGAAUACAGCCUGGAGGCGGACCCUCACGACAGAGACAUCGCCAUCCGUCCCUUCUUGGAGCACUGCGAGAGCACCCACAUGACCAUCUGGCUGGGCAUCGUCUAUGCCUACAAGGGCCUUCUGAUGUUGUUCGGCUGCUUCCUGGCUUGGGAGACCAGAAACGUCAGCAUCCCCGCCCUGAACGACAGCAAAUACAUCGGCAUGAGCGUCUACAACGUCGGCAUCAUGUGCAUCAUCGGCGCCGCCGUCUCCUUCCUCACCCGAGACCAGCCCAACGUGCAGUUCUGCAUCGUGGCGCUGGUGAUCAUCUUUUGCAGUACCAUCACGCUCUGCCUGGUCUUUGUUCCCAAGCUGAUCACCAUGAGGACCAACCCGGAUGCCGCCACGCAGAACCGCAGGCUCAAGUUCACGCAGAACCAGAAGAAGGAGGACUCCAAGACCUCCACCUCGGUCACCAGCGUCAACCAGGCCAACACCUCGAGACUGGACGGCCUUCAGACCGACAACCACCGCCUCCGCAUGAGGAUCACCGAGUUGGACAAGGAGCUGGAGGAAGUGACCAUGCAGCUGCAGGACACCCCGGAAAAGACGCCGUACAUCAAACAGAACCACUACCCGGAUGCCAACAACAUCCUCAGCAUACGCAACUUCGCUGACUGCAAAGACCAACCACUGCCAUUCCUAAAACCCGCCUCCAUUUUGUAUUGCCGUGGAGACGCCGACCGGAGCCUGCUGAAGAACCACCUGGAGCAGAAGCCUCAGGGCCAGUGGGGCUCCAUGGAUCCUUCCAGAAUCACCAGAGGUCCCUUGGAGGACAUCAACUCCCCUGAACACAUCCAGCGCCGGCUGUCCCUGCAGCUGCCCAUCCUGCACCACGCCUACCUCCCAUCCAUAGGCGGCGUGGACGCCAGCUGCACCAGCCCCACCGACAGCCCCGGAUCCAGCCCGCGCCACAGACACAUGCCGCCCUCCUACCGGGUCAUGGUGUCGGGCCUGUGAGACACGCCGACUGACCGCGCCUUCACCCUUCCAGUAUACACACACACACACACACACACACACACACACACACACACACACACACUCACACACAUGCACACAGCUGUCUUUUUGUGUGUUAGGUGUCGUUUCUAACAGCAGACUUGACUGCGAGCAUCCGCGCGGAAGAGAGCGACGCUCUUUCGCGCCUCCCCGCAGAACGUGGCGGGCAGUUAAGCAAAGCCGCCAAACACCCACGACGGCGACCACAGCGUAGCCUUAAGGGUUAGGCCGUCUCUUGCCUCGCCCCCCCUCCACCACCCCCCCCCCCACCACCCCAACCCCUACGCCGCAGCUCUUUCGAAUUUGUGACGUUUGUAAAUAUCGUUUCGAGAUUCCGUGGACGUUCGACGGCGUUGGUCCGGCGUGCGGAAAGCAACCAGGUGCGGCGUGUGACACAUUCACAAGCAUUACGAGUAGAAGUUGAUCGUGUAGAUUGGAGCCACGUGACAAAAUUCUACUUGCAAAAUGACGACUUUCCUCAUUUUGAUCACGAUAUUUUCGACUUUGGGUAUUUGGAUUCUCGGAUGGUUAUGGCACCGUGUAAAAGUGCUGGCCCCGCCUCCGUGUCGUAAUCUGACAAUUCUGGUCACAAGACAAAUUUAGAAUCAUUCCAGUUAUAAAUUGGACAAAAUAUCCAUUAUUUCAUGACAAAUAUAUGCUCUGAUAUUUCGACAAUGUGUGAAUUGUCACAAUAGAAAUGCGGACUACGACACAAAGUCAUCGUACAAAAUUCUGAGUGAGACUCAACAUUUCCGGGAAUAAAUUUGUCAUUUUGCAAGCAAAACAAUGCAAAAAAAAAAAAAAAAGUCCAAAAGUCACACUUGUCCAAGAAGAUGAUUCUACCAGGACCCUAAAAGUUGCAGCAGCUAUAAAAUACCCCUUUGAGGCUGGCGGAAAUUUUCCACGUUGUCUAUCGCGAUCAUAUUGAUCCCCGAGUUCCAUGUUUUUUUUCUUCCCCUCCGCGCCAAGAGGGUCAGAGCGUCAAAGCACACUCGGCUGGCCUCUGUCGAGAUAACUGUAUCUUGUUUCGGUUAUUUGGAGCAAAUGUGUUGAUUUUCACCAUCGGUGUCUUGGUUUUUUUUUUUUAGUUUUUGUUUGUUUUGUUUUGGGGUUUUUUUGUAAAAGGCGUCCGUUUAAACGCUGUGCCUGUUCGUCUUUCUACACUCACCGUCGUCAUGGCGCAAACACACACAUGCACGUACACACGCAUAAACGGGACGGCAGGGGGAGUGCACUCCUUCUUUUCCUUCAGCGAGCAGAAACUGGACUCGAGUUCUGACUCGGGAACGAAAAAGGAGCGGGAAGUGAACUUUCAAAGAUGGGAGAGCGCGGCUCCGCCUCCUUUCCGGGAGGCUCGCGCAGAAGUAGCACUCCUUUCCCAGCCGAGUCCAUUUAGAGAGAGAGAGAGAGACGCUGAACAAAAUCCAGGCGGACAUUUUCUAUUCUGUGACAUUCUACGUGAUUGUGUACAAUUUGCUGAUCCUUUGAGCACAGGUGUCCAUGGAUGUUUUUUUUUAUUAUUUUCUUUGUUGAUUAAUCGUUGGGGUGUUUUUCAAGAUGGCAUGAAAUCAAAUGUAGACUUCACACAGAUUAUCUGCUGCUCGUCCUCGCGACGUUCCCAGUAACUUAAAACAACAACAAAUAAGAAAAAGCUCCUUUUGGAAUUGUAAUAACAGGUGAGCAGACAGAAGAAAACCAUUCUGAGCAAGUAACAUGUUUUUGCUGUUUCUCUUUUUUUUUUGAGAGGUGGGGGGGUCCAUCAGUUGUAGUCUUUCGAUUUCAAAAAUGUGUUGAGAGAGCCACAGUGAAAAUGGGAAAAAGACGAGUCGUAUGGCAAUGUUGUGGGUUUUUCAAUUAACAGAAAAUAAUGACGUGUAUUCGUACGAGAUGAUUUUUUUGUGGGGGUGGGGGCAGGGGCUGCUACGAGAUUAAAAUUGGAUUCCGAAAAUGCUUUUCACUCCCUGUGAUAAAAUUUUGUUGUGGGGGACCCAUGUUGGCUUUUUUGGGCCCACCCCCAGACCUGACUCCAGAGGGAGUGUGGGGGGUUGAGCCGCAUCCAAGCAAGGGAAAACGAAUUCCAUGUAUUGUGCUUAUAAGCAUUUUUUUGUUGUUGGGUUUUUUUUUUAGCCCUGCUUUGUCUUGUCCCUCAGCUAGUUUGCCACAGGUGACCCUCCCAGGGCCAUUAAAGCCCCCCCCCCCCCCCCCCAAACAAGUUGGCUACUCGGAUCUUUGGGACACACAUAGCCCUCCACCACAGUAAGGUGACGCCAAAUGGUGUGUUCUGACUUGAUCAAGAAGUCUGAAUGCAACCAACAUUAAAGCCUAAAAUCCACAAUGGAAAAAGUUGUUUCAAAAUUCUAAAUUUGGUUUCUUAAGGACUUUGAGGACCAAAAAAAAAACUGAUUCCUGCUGUUUUCUGUAUACUGUAAUAUAAAUAAAUAUUCUCAAAUGAAAUUUGGGGCGAGGGAAAGUGCAGAUAUUGCACGACUUAAAUCUAAUGAGUAAAAAGAAGACGUUUUAGCAAUUGUUAAGACAUUUCCGUCAUAGAAUUAAAAAAUAUAUCUUUUUCCCGAUAAAUGAAAAACAUUUAAAUUACCCCCACACUCAAAAAAAAAUCUAAAGGGUUCUGAAAUUUUUCUUCUAUCUUCCCUCCAAACAAUAACAUUCUCAUUUAAAAAAUACUACUUAACAUUUUUGACUCAUCAUAAAUUUUCUUUGUGAGAAAAAAGUUAUUUUGAUUGUGCUUUACUUCAUAACAAUAAAGUUAUUACGAUUAAUAUUCCCAUCCAUUAAAAAUGGAAGUCACCAACUUGCGUCUGUUACCAGACAGAGUGAACUGCAGUAUAUAGAUAUUUAUAUCUGAAUAUAUAUAAAAUAAAUAGAUAUAUUUAAACAAAAAGUAUAUGGAGAUCUUUUAAGUACCAUUUUUACAUUUCUUUCACAAAAUAUGCCACCAGGGUACUUUGGAAGUUGUCUCCUUUUUUUUUUUUCAAUGUCUUACUUUAAACCUUUAUUUACAGUAUCUGUAACUGUUAUGUACAGACGAGGUAUACAUUAUGGAACCGUUGUAUAAAAUAAGUAUCACAUUUUGGAACACCUGAUGGUUGUUUAUUUAGUUUUUUUUUCUCCUCUGUCAGAGUCAAUAGUUGUUAUUCCGGAAUGGGUGGGUGCGAGGGUAAGUGUAGGUUGAUAAUUGUGAGCGGGAUUUCAAAAGCAACAUUCUUUUAUUGUUUGAAUGUUCUGGACAGCCUUUUACGUUUCACAUCAUUGUUGAAUAAAGUGAGACUGAAAGUGACAGAAA